AUGGCACCACGACAUAUUUUACUGAUAGUUCUAGCUUUACUAGCUAUCACUGAAACAUCAACUAGCAGUUCCAGUUCCAAUUCCAAAAACAAGCGUCGAUGUCACAAUUUACCUACUCUCAAUAAUGGACAAGUAACCAGAACUAAGAGGAAUAAAGUAAAGUAUGAAUGCAACACUGGGUUCAGAUUAGCAGUAAUGGCUGACUGUCAUAGGUCUUGGACUCCACGCGUCUCGUGUGAAGAAAUAUUAUGUGAAGGUGAUCCAGUUAUAGCCAAUGGUACACUAGACGAUGUCAUCGAAUCCAGACGAAUUGGUGCAGAAUACAGUUUUACAUGCAAUUCAGGAUUCAAAGGAAUGGGAAAUGUAGUAUGUAGUGGAUGCGGGGAAUGGGAUGUUGGCGAGGUUGAAUGUAAAGAAUGCGUUGCCCGGACUGACUCUAUUUUACAAAUUGCUGCCUUUCGUGCAUCUGCAUCAAACGAUUCAGAAUGUACGCAAAAAUGUAACGAAAUACCAGUUUGUAACCUUUCUUUUUUUGUUGAAUCAACUUGUUACGUUUAUCAAUCUCCAAUCUUCGCUGCCUCCAGUCAACCAAGCCUCGAAGGUUGUAUUGAUGUCUGUAACGCCAAUGAUGAAUGUCAAGUUUUACAGUACUUACCAGUUACCACUACAGGAAUUUGUAUCCUGUUAAAUGAAGCUCUUAGUACACAACUAAUAAUUCCCAAUGUAAAUAGUACAAUACUGGAAAAAAACUGUCAAUUGUAA